UUCGUCUCUCGUAAUUUCACUGUGCAUCUGGGUAAAACGGGAUUUCAAUAAAAAUGCGCAAUUGUAUUUUAAAUACUGCAAUUGUUUUAUUAAUUUUUUGUGAUAAAAUAGGGGCUUUCAAUUUGAAUACAAAAAAUACAGUUGUCUUCAGUGAUCCCAAUCCAGGAUCUCACAGCAGAGGAAGUUAUUUUGGUUACGCUGUUGCUAUUUAUGGGAGCAAUUCUGAUCCUCUGGUGAUCGUUGGUGCACCCAGGGCUAAUGUCAGUAGAUUAUCAGGAAUUAGAGAACCUGGUGCUGUUUAUUGGUGUCGAUUGAGUGGUCAAUGCAGAGAGUGGCCAAUUGACAAUUCGAGAAAUGGUGAACUGCAUGGGAUUCAAGGGAUUAAUCAGAUGAUCGAUGAGUCUUGGAUCGGUGCUACUAUUUCUGUGGAAAAUAAACCACAGCCCAGAGUUGUUGUGUGCGCACCGAGAUGGAAGAAUAUUCUGUGGGGCUCUGCGUUCAUGAAUGGAAUCUGUUAUUAUGCGAUUGCAAGUUCGUCGGAGGCUUUUCAAAGACCUGUUCAAAAGUUUAUAACAGAGUUGACUUAUCCGCGAAGGCAGGUGACAGAAAAUACGAACUAUAAUUACUUUGCGAUGGGACAAUUGGGAUUUUCGAUUCAUCAAUUUUCGGAUGAACCGAUUUGGGAUGCAAUGGUGGGAGCUCCUGGGUGUUACGCCUGGACAGGAACUCCUGUGAUGAUUUCUGAGAAUAAACCGGGAAGACUUAGUUCUUUGAUAUCUGAAAAAUUUGAUGACAACACUCAAUUAACCGGGUACAGCGUGACGUCGGGAUUUUAUUUCGAUGAUGAGACGAGAUGGUACGUCGCGGCGGCUCCUCAGACCAGUGAUUUGAAAGGAAAAAUCGAAAUUUUUCAAUACGACGGGAAUCAUGCCUUCAGAGGAGUGAGAAUUGUCAAGGGCAUGCAGAACGAAGAGUAUUUCGGGGCGUCAGUAACUUCCUGCGACGUUGAUAACGACAGGAGAGAUGACCUGAUAGUUGGAGCUCCAUCGUGGAGCGAUAAAGGAGAUGAGGGACGGAUUUAUAUUAUUUCAGCAAGGAGAAAUGUAAAUGUGUUUGAGAGGAGUUGGAUCGAUGGUAAAUUCGAGGGAGCUCGAUUCGGAUCGAGUGUUGUAUGUCUAGGAGACCUGGAUCGCGAUGGCUAUGGAGAUGUUGCUGUUGGUGCACCGUACGAAGAUAAAUCGGGUGCUGUUUAUAUUUUCAAUGGUGGUCGUUACGGUUUAUCUCGAGUGCCAAGUCAAAAGAUCCUUGGCAAGGAUUUUGGGAGGCUGAGUGGCUUUGGUCUCAGCAUAUCUGAACCCAGGGAUGUCGAUGGCAAUGGCUACCCUGAUGUUGCUGUUGGAGCUUACAGAUCGGGACACGCCGUCCUCUUUCGAGCUCAACCAGUCGUUCAAGUGAAAAUUAGUUUGAGUUAUGUAAACUCAGCGAGACUCAACAGCAAUACCACAGACUUUUCUGUUAGAUUCUGCGGGUAUUACGAAGGAUACAGGGUACCUCAGACUCUGAGGGUAAUGAGAAUUUUUCGAGUGGAUGAGGUUCUCCGACGAGGUGUCCUCGACCUACCCCCAACUGAUAAUGGAACCUACGAAAUUGAAGGACUUCUUCAUUAUGGACGAGAAAUUUGUACAGAUGUCCCAAUAAUUCUGCAGGAAGGAACUAAAACCGAGCCAAUCGACAUAUCUGUGUCUCUAUCACUGAUAAAUGAAGCUGUAAUAAUUAACAAGUUCCGUUCAAAAAUCGAUGCCACAGUGCGUCUUCCUUUCGACGUAGACUGCGGCUCCGACGACAUUUGCAUCUCCAAUCUGACAUCAGAAGUGACAACGUCCCUCGGUCCUGGCAACAAUUACAUCCUCGGAGGAGAAAAAACUAUAAAAAUCACCAUUGACGUUCGAAACAACGGAGAACCCGCCUACGACACCCAAGUCCACGUACUGCUACCCGAUUUUCUCUCCUUGGCGAGCAUCAGUUUCGAUUGCGAGGAGAAACACCUGAUUAAUAGAUCGAUCGAGGUGAUCUGCGAUAUCGGGAAUCCACUGCGAAGUCAGAAUUCAUUGACACUCGAUCUAGCGAUGAGUCAAGUGGAAAUUGAGUCAGAACUUUUCUCAGAAUCUAUCCAAGUCCCCAUUUACCUCACGACCCAGAGUACAAAUAUUAAUCAACGAGGAAGUAAUAAUUUAUUUAUCAAUCUUGUGGUCGACGCGAGCGUUGACAUCACUGGGAGAGCAGAGGAGAGUAUUUACUCGUACAUCAACUCCUCAGAAGGGGAAAAACUCGAUAGGAUACGGUUCAGUCAUAUUUACAACGUUAAAAAAUUGGGACUGACUGCCAUCGAACAAGCGGCCUUAACUGUCCUGGUCCCAACGCACUUGAGGAAUUCUCGAAGCGAAAUUAUCGAAAUAGCUAGAAUUAAUGCGUCAAGUCUCACGUUUUUUGAUUCCACAAGUCGAGAGAACAACGACUACGUCUGCAAGACCGAAAGAAUUGAGAACGACAAGAAAAUCAUCGAAAAGAAUUUAAACGCCACAGAAAUAGUCUCUUCUCGGAAUCGUACGCUUCUCUUGAAUUGUGAAAAUUCGGAAAUAAUUUGUGUUAAUGUCACGUGCCUCAUGGACGUACCGAGAGAAUCCGUGAAUCCUAAUUCUGCAAUUGGAGAAUUAAAAUUAACGAUUGAUUUUCUUUUAAAAAACGUUCCUGAUGAGUUCAUGAUCUCGAAAGAUAUAAUAUACUUCGCAUCCAAUGCGUCAGUCAGGGUUACUCAUCCCUCACGAGGUGGUGAAGUGUCUGGAAUGAGAAGAAACUCAGUAAUCGUAGGUACUACAUUCCUGGAGACUCUGUCAGCUGCUCAAGUUAGCAUCUGGAUAAUUGUAGUCUCAGUGCUCAUUGGCAUUCUCCUACUGGCACUCCUGAUAUUCGCUCUUAUCAAACUGGGAUUCUUCAAGCGAAAGCAAAAAGAAGAGUUAGAGGCACUCAAAGCUGAUUCCGACAUAUUUCUGGACACCACAUCCUUCCGUCCAACUCUGGCCUCAGCAAGUUCCCUCUUCCUCCUAAAUUCCAGUUUUUUUUAUCAUUUAAUCCCAAGAAUGUCUCAAUAUCUAGUGAAUUACCUACAGUUUUUUGGAACUAUUUUAACUAUUUCCUGUGGAGGUGGUGGAUACAAUCUAGACGUCAAAGGAAGUGUAUUGUUCAGUGACCCCAGAGGAAGAUCUCACAACAGAGGAAGUUACUUCGGUUUCACUGUUGCACUUUAUCCGAGCCCUUCUGAUGCUCUGGUGAUCGUUGGUGCACCCAGGGCUAACGUCAGUCGAUUACCAGGAAUUAGAGAACCUGGUGCUGUUUAUUAUUGUUAUUUAAGUGGUACCUGUAAGGAGUGGAUACUCCAUAAAUCGACAAAUGGAGAAGUCAAGGGUCUCAAUUACGUCAAUCAGCGGCUCGAUGGUGCCUGGAUUGGAGGUACCAUCUCCGUGGCGAAUGAUGUACACCCUGAAGUCGUGAUCUGCGCCCCACGUUGGACUAAUGUUAUUCGUGAUAUAUAUUAUAUGAAUGGAAUUUGUUAUUAUACGAUAGCAAAUAGUACACGAGCGUUUGAGAGACCUGUGGAUUCGAUAAUUAAUGUAUUUGCGGGUCGUGAUUAUCAGGUGGCAACGGAUUCACGAGGUGUGCCAUAUCAUUUGUGGGGGAUGAGUAUGUUGGGAUUUUCGCUGCAUGAAUUUAGGGAUUUAGAUCGUAGGCAUCAUUUUAUGUGUGGAACUCCUGGGUAUUACGCAUCGAGAGGAAACGCACUGCUGUUCUCCAGGAAUGGAAAGAAAACUGAGACGAUUUUACCGCCGAUGAUUGACAUACCUCGUGCACGUAGAAUUGGAUACAGCACUACGUCGGGGUUUUAUUUCGAUGCCAAAAGGAAGGACAGGUGGUACGUUGUUUCGGCCCUUGACAGAUUGAGUCUAGCAGCAGCUGUUUUGAUAUUCCACUUCCAAGGGAACAGGUCUGUGUAUGAUGGCCUGACAGUGGGGGGAAAUGACGUUGGAGAGUUGUUCGGGGCCUCCUUGACCUCCUGCGACGUUGAUAACGACAGGAGGGAUGAUCUGAUCGUUGGGGCUCCAACGUGGAGUGAUAAUGUGGACGAGGGGCGGAUUUAUAUAUUUUCAGCGAGGAGAAAUUCGAUUGGGUUUGAGAGGCGUUGGAUCGAUGGUAAAUUCGAGGGAGCUCAAUUCGGAUCGAGUGUUGUAUGUCUAGGAGACCUGGAUCGCGAUGGCUAUGGAGACGUUGCUGUUGGUGCACCGUACGAAGAUAAAUCGGGUGCUGUUUAUAUUUUCAAUGGUGGUCGUUACGGUUUAUCUCGAGUGCCAAGUCAAAAGAUCCUUGGCAAGGAUUUUGGGAGGCUGAGUGGCUUUGGUCUCAGCAUAUCUGAACCCAGGGAUGUCGAUGGCAAUGGCUACCCUGAUGUUGCUGUUGGAGCUUACAGAUCAGGACACGCUGUUCUCUUUCGAGCUCAACCAGUCGUUGAAGUGAAUAUUAGUUUGAGCUCUGUGGACUCUGCAAGGCUCAACAGAACUACCACCAACUUCUCUAUUAAAUUCUGUGGGUACUACGAUGGGUACAUGGUACCUACGGCUCUGAGAGUGGUCAGAAUCUUUCGAAUCGACGAGGCUUACCAGCGGGCGAGACUCGCCACACAUGCAAAUGUCAAUGGUACAUACCAACUCGAAGAUGUUCUCUACUACCGAAAAGUACUCUGCACUGAAAUUCCAAUAGUAAUGGACGGUGGGACUAAAACCGAACCCCUGGACAUUUCUGUAUCCCUCAAACUUCUGAACAACGAGCCGCUCGUUGGCUUCUGCAGAAGGUGUCCGAGGAUCAACCAGAAGAGAUCGAUUAUCGAAAAAUCAUUGCGACUCAACUUUGAAUUGGACUGCGGUCCCGAUAAUGUCUGCCACUCGAAUUUAACUCUAGGAGUUUCAACUUCCCUAGGAGAAAGCAACGAGUACAUCCUGGGAAAUCGAAACAUAGUUGAUAUCUCGAUAGAUAUUAGAAAUUAUGGAGAACCCGGUUACGACACUAGGGUACGUGUACUAUUGCCGGAAUUUAUUGUUCUGACAAGAGUACCUUCUUCGGCUUCUUAUCAAUGCAUCGAGGAGCCAGUACUCAAUGGAUCUGUUCAAGUGAUUUGCGAGCUGGGAAAUCCAUUUCGAGUUCAGACAACUCUAAAGUUGGAAUUAGACAUGAGUCAACUCACAACUGAGUCACAGUUUUACGCAGACUCGAUAGACGUGCCCAUUAGUCUAACGACUCAAAGUAGAAAUGAUAAUGAUCAGAAUGCAACUGAUAAUUUGAUUAUUCAUCUAGUCGUAGACAGCGCUCUGAAUAUUACUGGACAAGCAAAGGACAAUGUUUACUCCUACUUCAGUACCUCGGAGGAGAACAAACUCGAGAUAAUUCAGUUCGAUCACAUUUAUGGAGUUCAAAAAUUGGGAAUAACUCCGAUUCAACAGGCGAUUUUGAUUGUUCUCGUUCCCACGCACUUGAGAAAAUCGAAAAAUGAAAUAGUCGAGAUAGCGAGGAUAAACGCAACGACUGUGAAAUUCUUUGAUUCAAUUAAUCGAAAUGAUAACGACUACGUUUGUCAAAUCGAAAGAGUUGAAGAGAAAGGGAAGAAAAUUAUGGAGAGGGAUUCGAAUAUUUUGACACAGUCUUUAAACGUUACUCUGAAGAAUCGCGCGUUGUUUCUGACCUGUGAAAAUGUUGCUAUUGACUGCGUUAAUGUCACGUGUCUCAUAGACGUGCCAAAAGAAUCCGUUAAUCCCUCUGUAAUCGCGGAAUUUAAAUUAACGAUCGAUUUGCUGUUGAAAGACGUCACUGAUGAUUUUACGACAUCGAAGGAUAUAAUAUAUUUCGUAUCAAAUGGAUCAGCGAUGAUUACUCACCCCUCACGAGCCGGUGAAAAAUCUGGAAUGAGGAGAAACUCAACCCUCGUUAGCACUCAAUUCCUCGGUACCCCAGUAUCAGCACCAGUAGCCAGUUGGGUAAUUGCUGUCUCAGUACUCGUCGGAAUUCUCCUCCUGGCGCUUCUCAUAUUCGUCCUUAUCAAACUGGGAUUCUUCAAGAGAAAGCAGAAAGAGGCACUGGACGCACUCAAGGCAGAUUCUGACAACAAGGAAGGUAUAUGCAUAGAAACAACGUCAUCAAAGGAGUGUCUAGAUCAAGAUUAAACACCAAGAAAAAUUCAUCCAUGAAAAUUAAUCCAUCAAGGACUAAUUAUCAAUUUAUUUUUCAUUCCUCUGUUUGUGCGACAUUUUGAACUUUAUCCACUCGUUGCGCUUAACUAUUCGAAAUAAACUAUAUAUUAACAACAA